UCUGUGCCCAGAACGUGGGAGACUGGCAGCAGCAGCAGCAAUACAGCUCAGCAGCCGGAGCCUGUGCCACAAAGGACGCUCUCCAGCAUGGCAUCCAAGUGCCCGAAGUGUGACAAGACCGUGUACUUCGCGGAGAAGGUAACCUCGCUGGGAAAGGAUUGGCACAAGUUCUGCUUGAAGUGCGAGCACUGCAAUAAGACUCUUAAUCCCGGAGGACACGCUGAGCAUGAUGGAAAACCAUACUGUCACAAGCCUUGUUAUGCCUCAUUGUAUGGACCAAAAGGUGUUAAUAUUGGAGGUGCUGGAUCCUACAUCUACAGGAAGCCGAGUGAAGACAAACCAACAUCUCCUACCGAAGUCACUCCAAAAGUUGAAGAGAAAAAAGUUAGUGCAGCGCCAAAGACUCUUGUCAAAGCUUCAAGUAUAACAACUUUUACAGGAGAACCCAACUUGUGUCCUCGCUGUGAAAAGAAAGUAUUUUUUGCAGAGAAAGUGACCUCCCUCGGGAAGGACUGGCAUCGACCUUGCCUGAGAUGUGACCGUUGCUCGAAAACUCUAACUCCAGGUGGUCACGCUGAGCAUGAUGGACAGCCCUAUUGUCAUAAGCCUUGCUACGGAAUCCUUUUUGGACCAAAAGGUGUGAACACCGGAGGAGUCGGAAGCUACAUCUAUGAUAAAGAUCCUGAGGCAAAGGCUCAACCCUAAGGACUUGAAGCCCUAUUUCAGCUGCAGCAGACGCCUCUCACACCACUUGUACCAUUUCUAGCUGAUAACACUAAGCUGACGGCCGGGAACAUGUAGAUAAUAAGCAAAGUGCACUCCUGACUAUUCUGUAUUUUGUACUGGACAAUGGAAGAUAUGAAGGGUCUUGUGUUAUGUGUAUAAGGGUCUAUGUGCUACCGAAAGGUCUCUUGUUAUUAUUUGUCUUUUUAGGUUCAGCUAUAAGGAUGUUUCUGAAAUUCCAUAUAUAAAAUGUCAAGGUCCUGCUUUGUGUCACAGACACUGGGGGGGUUACUCCGUGUGAAUGACAAAACCUUAAAGGGAAUCUCUAACCAGGAAUGAUCUUUAGACUGGUCAGUGAAGCUAAACAAGUGGGUCAGCACAGUAUCCACUAACUACCCCCUAAGUUAUGAUAUGGACUUAGGGCUCAUGCACUUGCGCAUUUUCUUUCCGUGUUCGUUCUGUUUUGUUUUUUUUGCGGACCGUAUGCAGAACCAUUUAUUUCAAUGGGUCCACAAAAAAAACGGAAGUUACUCUGUGUG